AAGUCUCCCCACAUAGGGCAAUGAAUUGUUGGACUCUAUAUGUAGUGAUCAACUAAGCUCUUACUAGGAACCAAACCAGCCUGGAGGAUGACAUAGUUAUCCGUCAAGAGCUGCUGCAACCAUUGCACUACUUAGUUUCUUCCAUCACUAGUUUAUAAUUUUUUUGUAUUCCAGGUUUUUUAUUGUGAAUCGAGAAAUGGCUCCAAUUGAUCAGUUAGCCUCUCCAGAAAACCACCCGGCAACCUCCCAAAAUCCAAACACAUAUGAUCACAAUCCGCAGUCACCGAUUGUUGAACAACCAUAUUACCCACAUGGCUUUUUCAAAAAGGUGGUUGCAGAGAUGAUAGCAACGUAUAUGUUGGUGUUUGCCACGGCUGGCUCGGCUGCUCUUGCUGCCAGCGACGAACACCAAGUCUCAAAGCUUGGAGCUUCUAUUGCAGGAGGGCUCAUCAUAACCGUGAUGAUCUAUGCGGUCGGCCACAUCUCCGGUGCACACAUGAACCCGGCCGUCACUCUUGCUUUCGCCGCCGUUAGGCACUUUCCAUGGAAACAGGUCCCAAUUUAUGCAGUAGCUCAACUAGCAGGAUCAAUAUCUGCCUCGUUUACCCUGUAUGUACUGUUGCACCCAAUUAAACAACUAGGCACCACAUCACCUUCUGGAUCAGAGACCCAAGCUUUGAUCGCAGAGAUAAUCAUGACAUUUUCCAUGGUGUUCAUCGCCUCUGCUGUCGCAACUGAUACCAAAGCUGUAGGAGAACUAGCAGGGAUCGCAGUUGGCUCCGCGGUUUGCAUAACUUCAAUUUUUGCCGGACCAAUAUCAGGUGGAUCAAUGAACCCAGCAAGAACAAUAGGGCCAGCAAUCGCUAGUGCAUACUACAAAGGAAUAUGGGUCUAUGUCGUUGGACCAGUGAUAGGAGCCCUACUUGGUUCAUGGUCCUACAGCUUCAUUCGGGUCAGCGAUAACCCCAUCCAGGCAGUUUCACCACCCUCAUUCGCAUUCAACCUUCGUCGAAUCAAGAGCGACAGCAACGGACAACUUACCUUCAGAGACCCUCUGGAUUCAGCUUGAAAUUUCUGAGUACAGAUCAAUAUAAUUAUAUGAACUUCCAAAAGUCAGCAAAUAGUGUAAAGAAACUUACGCAUACCAGAAAACUCUCUGGAUUGAAGAUAAUGCUCUUCGUUCAAUUAUCUGUUUAUAUAUAUAUAUAUAUAUAUAU